CUAUAGAUGGGUCAUUCCUGCUUGAACCCACAGUCCUAUCCACAGGGUCACCCUGCAAAUCCUCUGCUCCUCUAGAGCUUCUCUCUGUAGCUGUGGAAGUUUUAAAGGACACUUGGCUCCUCGAAUCCAUCAAUGGAGCACCAUCAGACCGAUCCCUCCGGGAAGUGCUGCUGGGGGAAAUCUCGGCAAUAGGACCAUUUCAACGACAUCGUAACUGGUCCAGUAUCGGUGUAAUGAGGGGGAUCGGAUCCAGAUGGUGCAAUCCAGGUGAGUGCUGUCCGGAGGUGGAUGUUGAAGGAGUCUUGAUGAGCAGAAGAGAAGGACUAGCUCACUUCUCCUCCCAGAAGCUUCUCAGCACCCUUCCUGGCCAUGAGGACUGUUGCCCCUUCAGAGCACCAUCAGACCCAUCCCUCUGGGAAGCGCUGCUGGGGGAAAUCUCGGCAAUAGGACCACUUCAACGAUACCAUAACCGCCCCGAGCCCACCGACGCACCCGGAGAUGUUGGCGUCCGGCGAUCUGAGAUGCGAUCUUCACCCGUGGAGAGAACCGGUCCCCUCCGAGGGCACGCUGUGGAACGCGAACCUUCGGGAUCCGGGCGUCCCUCCCGAGGUUUCGGACACGCGUCGGCCAGGAACGGGAGAGCGCCUCCGAUCGUACCUCCGUCGGAGCCGCGCUUAGCGAUCCUAUUUCACGUCGCCGGAAGAGGCCUCGGCAGUGGGGCCUCCCCCGCACCACCCCCGGCCAUCCCCCGCCCGGGGACCCUCUCUGUCCUCGACGUUGUCCUCGACCUCGUCGGAGGCGUCCUUCUCUUCCUCCCCCUCCUUCGUGUCCCCUUCCUCCGGGUUUCUGUCCUUCUCGCCCUCCUCCCCUUUCUCUGUCCUCUUCCCGCUCCUUGUCAUCGUUUUCCUCGUCCUUUUCCAUGUCCUCUCGGUCGUGGUGUCUGUCCUCCUCUCGCUCCUCCUCCUCCUUCUCGCGGUUCUCCUCAUCGACUUCCUCCUUGGCAUUUUUCCUCCUCCCCCUUAACGUGUUUUCUCGAUCCCCCUCGUCGCAUAUUUCAUUCUCUUCUCCUCCUCGCCAUCCUCCUCCUCCUCCCUGUCCUCUUUCUCGUUGUCCUGCUCAUCCUCGUGGCUGUCUUCUUCCUCCUCCUCCUCCCCUUCCCCCCUUGCGGUAGGCCUCGUUGCCGUUCCCGUUCUCAUCCUCGUCGCCCUCCACCCCCUUGUCCUUCUCGCCGUCGAGCCCCGGUCCGCGGUCUACCGGCGGCCCGAAAUGCCCUCCCUCCUUCAGAGCCACUGAUCACGCGUCCCCCGCUUAGGGAUCCGUGUCGAAGGCUCGCCUCCUCCCGGAGCCCUUUCCGGACCGAGCCCCCCCUCUUCCUCGGCCGCCCCCUGUCCCCGCCCCGCAGCGCUCGCGUACGUCCCUAAGAUUCCGCUUCUGUCGACGCCCGUCGACUUGUUUAGACAUCUUUCUCUCCCCAUUUACAGCGUGAGGCCAGUGCGGGCGGGGAUCGUCUCUGUCGCUGAAUCGUCCUUUCCGAGCGCUCGGUAUAGGGCUCUGUAUGCGGCACACGCUCAAUAAAGAAG